GUGUCGAUGGGAGUCAAUGGCCUGGAGUAUGCCACAACAUGAAAUCAUCCCAUACCGCACAAAACCCCCUUAACAACAAACAACCUUAAACCAUAAACGACUUUGGUUCCGUCUGAACAUACCAACAUCUUCAAAGCUCACUAUGGCUUUUUGUAUAUCUGCUUCCUCCCCUUCUUCUCUCCGAUUACAACUCACUAAAACAACCCUUCUUGCUGCUUCACUCCCUCUCCACUAUCACCGAAGUAAAUGUGAAAUGAACAGAAGGAGUUUUGCAUUUAAAGGAAUUGUAGCAACUGGAGUUUCAGUUAUGGCUUCUUCAACUCUUACUUCACAAGCUCAACCUUCUCAAGAGAAGGAACUUGAAAGAUUACCAUACAAAUCGGAAGGGUACAAUUAUUGGAAGUGGAGGGAUCAUAAAAUUCACUAUGUUGUGCAAGGAGAAGGCCCUCCUCUUGUUCUCAUUCAUGGUUUUGGUGCAUCUGCAUUCCACUGGAGAUACAAUAUACCAGAAUUGGCUAAGAAACACAAGGUUUAUGCCUUAGACUUGCUUGGAUUCGGGUGGAGUGACAAAGCACUCGUCGACUAUGAUGCAAUGGUGUGGAGAGAUCAAGUGGUGGACUUCUUGAAGGAAAUUGUAAAAGAACCAGCAGUUUUGGUUGGAAAUAGCCUUGGAGGAUUUACUGCUUUGAUUGCAGCAACUGGGUUGCCCGAGUUUGUCACCGGGGUUGCUCUACUGAAUUCUGCAGGACAAUUUGGCGAUGGAAAUAAGGAACGUAUAACUUCCGAGGAAACGCCUCUACAAAAGUUUUUUCUAAAACCUUUGAAGGAAGUUUUCCAGCGUGUUGUUCUUGGAUUUUUAUUCUGGCAAUCGAAGCAACCCGCUAGGAUCGAGUCAGUCUUAAAAAGUGUAUAUAUAAACUCUUCCAAUGUUGACGACUAUCUUGUGGAAUCUAUAACAAGGCCAGCUCAAGACCCUAAUGCCGGAGAAGUUUAUUACAGGUUAAUGACACGGUUCAUGAUGAAUCAAAGCAAGUACACUCUAGAUUCUGUGUUAAGUGAACUCUCUUGCCCUUUACUUCUGCUAUGGGGUGACCUUGAUCCAUGGGUUGGUCCAGCCAAAGCUAACAGAAUCAAAGAGUUUUAUCCAAAAACAACUCUUGUUAACUUGCAAGCCGGGCAUUGCCCACACGACGAGACACCGGAGCUUGUGAACGAGGCUUUAUUGAAUUGGCUCGCCACCCUUACUCCUCAAGCGUCUCUACAAACAGCUUGAACAUGUAUAAUCUUGUAUAGCCAAUCAAAACAUAUUAAUGAUUAAGUUUUGAGAUUCAUGCCGUUGGUUAAAGUCAUUACCGUAUACAAUGUAUAGGAAAGAUGGUUAAAAAUAAUCAGGAUAUAGUUGAAAAUGACGACGAGCAUAGACUAUGGUCUUGUUUCUGCAUGCCUGCACUUUUUGAAGACCAUGUAUGCAUUCAUUUCUUACAUUACAUAGAACUUUAUCUUUCAUUAAUGAAGUUGUAUAUUUGAGUUUUUCCCUUCAAA